GUUCCAGUCCUGCAAGGGACAAGGAGGGAGGAAGGAGCCUGCUGGCUACGCCACCUUUUCUUUAUUGCUUUUGCUCAUUGCUUCUAUCACGCCUUUUGUUUAACCCAUUUGUCACCAAUUUUGCUCAUCCCAGACAGGCCCAACUGGGCAGGAAGGCUUGUGACAAAUCAGGGACAGAGUGUGUGCAGUCAUGGCAACAUCCCUGGACACACUCAGCCUCUCCCAGAUGCUGGAUCUCGCCAUCGAGAUGCCCCAGAAGGGAUCUGUUCACUUUGCAGCCAUGAAAAAACUGCUGCAGGCUGUGCUGGAGCACCUGGACGUGCAGUACCUGACAAGUGAGGAGCCAUGGCCAGGCCAGCUGAGUGGCCCCUCACUUGCUGAUGUGGCCACUCACAUGGAAAAGAUGAAGAAAGAGAUGGAAGACUGCAAGAAACAGAUGUCUGAGCUUGUUCAUGAAGUGAUUGUUGGGAUACAGGCAGAGGUUUCCCACCUCUCAGAGGAUGUUAGGAAGAUGCAGAAGGCCCAGUCCUGCAUGUCAGAGGAAAUUAAGAAGAUCCAGGAGGAGGACAUGGCUCUCAUCCAGGAUCUCCGUGAGGAGGUUGACAGGAUAAAAACAACCCAGAUCCGCAUGGAAGGAGACGUAAAGAAGCUUAAGGAGACUCCUGCCUUAAUUAAGAAGAUGGGAGAGGACCUUCAAAAGCUGAGGGAGGAUGCAGCCAAAUGGAAAGAAGAGAGCAGCAAGGAGAUCUCUCAGCAAAUUGAGGCUUUGCGGCAGGAGACAAAGCGUGAGCUGCAGAUGAUGGAAGAGCAGCAGGAGAUGAGGUAUACCAUGCUGGAGCAGGUGGUGAUUGAGACAAUUAACAAAGUGAAUGAGCAGCUUGGUGAUACAGGCGAAACUGGGGACCUAGAGGAUGAGCAGCAAGAGGGGAAUGGAGACUGCUCCAGUUGCACCUUCAACAUCAGAGCGUGCGUGGGGAAGCUCCUCCGGCGCUGUGAGAAACUCCAGGAGCAGGUGGAAUCCAUGGAGUCACGGCAGAUGGCCAUGGGAAAAUGCAACAAAAUGAUGAGGAAAUAUGUCCAGGAGCGGGAGCAAGACCAGAAGCGGCUGCACUACGUGGAGGCUACAGUUGUACAGAUGAAGGGAGACUGUGAGAAGCUCAGCUUUGUUUCUGGGACCCUGCAGAAAGACUCUCAACAAAAGCAGAAAGAAAUUGAGGUAGGUGGCUGACACUCCUUUGGUGUCAG